GAUGCAUCCAACCUCUGCAGCAUCCUUCUUUCUCUUGCUUGGCUUGUCAGGGUGUUUUAAGCUGCCUUUGUCAGAUGAAGAUGACAGUGAUGAGUUCAAAAAGGAAGAUUUUGCAUUUGCAGAGCGCUAUCUAAAGACUCAUUACAAUCUCAAGUCCAAUCCUUCCGGUCUGCUGAAGAAGUCGGCUGAUUCAAUGGCUUCCAAACUUCGGGAAAUGCAAGCAUUUUUUGGACUGGAAGUGACAGGCAAGCUGGACGAAGAAACCUUUGAGCUGAUGCAAGAACCAAGAUGUGGCGUCCCUGAUGUGGGGGAAUACAAUUUUUUCCCUCGAAAGCUGAAAUGGUCCCAAAAUAAUUUAACCUACAGGAUUGUCAAUUACACCCCAGAUCUGCCCAAGGCUGAAGUGGACAAAGCAUUCAAAAAAGCUUUCAAGGUGUGGUCUGAUGUGACGCCGCUCAACUUCACUAGAAUCCGCAGUGGCACCGCUGACAUCAUGAUCUCCUUUGGAAGGAGAGAGCACGGCGACUUCUAUCCAUUUGACGGACCUUCUGGGCUACUGGCUCAUGCUUUCCCUCCAGGACCAAAAGUUGGAGGAGAUGCUCAUUUUGAUGAGGACGAACUCUGGUCAACUGAUGCUAAAGGCUACAACCUGUUCCUUGUUGCUGCCCAUGAGUUUGGUCAUUCACUGGGACUCGAGCAUUCCAGAGACCCCGGAGCGCUGAUGUAUCCUGUCUACACAUACACAGGCAACACUGGCUUUGUACUUCCAGAUGAUGACGUACAAGGCAUCCAGACCCUUUAUGGUAAAGGAGAAUAUGAUCCACAUCCUGAUCACCCUAAAACUCCGGAGAAAUGUGAUAAAAAUUUGACCCUUGAUGCGAUAACAGACCUUCGAGGAGAAACAAUGAUAUUUAAGGACAGGUUCUUCUGGCGCCUGCACCCUCAGAUGGUUGAAGCAGAAUUGGUACAAAUUAAAUCAUUUUGGCCAGAAAUGCCGGCUAAGAUCGAUGCUGCCUAUGAACACCCUACCAAUGACCAUGUGCUGCUUUUUAGGGGCAAGAAAUUCUGGGCUCUGAAGGGAUACGACAUAGUAGAAGGCUAUCCCAAAAAACUUUAUGAACUGGGAUUUCCGAGAUCUGUGAAGACCAUCGAUGCAGCUGUCCAUAUCAGUGACACUGGCAAAACUCUUUUUUUCACUGGCGAAACUUACUGGAGCUAUGAUGAACAAAACCAAGUUAUGGACAAAGGCUAUCCUAGAAUCAUAGAAGAAGACUUUCCAGGGAUUGGUAACCGAGUAGAUGCAGCCUACCAGAAAAAUGGUUAUAUAUAUUUUUUCAAUGGACCGUUGCAGUUUGAAUACAGCAUCUGGAGUGAAAGAAUCCUUCGUGUCUUGAACACCAACUCGAUUUUCUUCUGCUAACUGCACAGGGCCAGGUUCUGAGCUGUGGGACACUCUGUCACCCAUAAAGAGGGAUAUUGUGGGGAAAGGGUAUUUUUUUUAACCUAGAAGCUUGAUUCUGUGAAUAAGCUCUGGUAAUUCUGCUAUCAAAUGUAUAUUGUAUAUAUGGGACAGUAUAGUGCCACAUACAUCAGUCUGGAACUGAAUUAAACUAAAAAGGGGUAGAAUGAAUGCAUAAGCAUUUUGAGGGGCAUUAUGGUAUUUAAAAAUAGGGUUGCCAACUUUCGGUCGGGAAAUUCCUGGGGACUUUUGGAGAAGAACCUGAGGAGGGGCUGGGUUUGGGGAAAGGAAAGGCCUCAACAGGGUACAAUGGCAUAAAGUCUACUCUUCAAAGCAGUCAUUUGUCUCCUGGGGAACUGAUCUCUGUUUUUUGGAGAUCAGUUGUAAUUCUGGGAGAUUGCCAGGCCCUACCUGGAGGUUGGCAACCCUAUUUAAAAAUCAAAAGAGGUCAGGUUUCCUAUCAAGUGCAAUUCUGUGAGAAUACUACAACCCCAGGGGUUAAGAAGAAUUAGCAUUGUGUUGAAAUAUUACAACGUUUUUCAGGAUAAAGCUACAGCAGCCUAGAGAGGAUGUUAGGGCUUCUGUCUCCGAGUCCUGACUUAAAGACAUUAUCCAUUGCUUUAAAGAUUUGAAGUAGAGAGACAUUGUGGUGGAUUUGUGUUGCCCAUUUCUGUGUUACAAUGAUCCAUUUGGUUGUCUUUCUGGCUGCAGCAGAAAGCUACAGGAGAAGCAAGCAGUUGAUAGGCCUUUACGAUACUGAGGAAAAAUACUAUUUCCACAUAAGUUUUUUUUGGGGGGGGGGGGUUGCUUGCCAGGAGGACUCCAGUACCUUGAGUAGUUGCAAAACAGGCAGAAA